AUGGUGGUAGCUUCACCGCAACCUGAGCUCUCUAAGGACCUGGCUGAGGCUGGGCCAGCUAACAUGACACCAACGCUUGAGGAGAGGCCGGAGCUCUUUGCAGCCCCCCAGCCAGGCCUGGGUUCACCUGAGAAGCCUGGUAACUUAAACUCUGAAGAAUUAAUUGCCAUGUCACCGGUCAAGUCCCAAGGUAGGACAAAUGCUUUGAAGCAGAUGGCAGAGGCGGCCAAAAAAGGAAAUCAGCAGAAAAAUAUCAGACAGAAUGGUUCCAAGGCAUCUCAUCCUCCCUUUGAACAGCCUAAUGGGCAGCAAAAAGGAAGAGGGAAUUCACCAUUUCUGGAGAAUGGAAAGACAGAUGAAGUGAAGCGUAAUAAAAGGAAUGAAGCAAAACGUAUAUCACAACCUCAACAUGAGAAAGAUAGCAAGAUUAAGGGGGGCAAAAACAAGACCACCAAACUCAAAUGGCCACCAAAAACGCUCACUACAAAACCAGGGAGAAUCAACAAGCUUCCCACCAAGCCUGAAAACAACAGUAGUGACAAAGUGACAGAAAGUGAGGAGGAGGAGAAAUCAGAGAGUGUUGCAGAAAGCUCAGCGGAUGCGACUGGAGAGGAUACUAGUUACGAUGAGAAGGAGGAGGACUGGUGCAGUAAUGAAGAGCCAGCUGAGACACAGGAGAGCAGGCAGAGCAGUGAGGAGGAGGCUGAGGCAUUGUAUAGUCAAAGAGAUACAGAACAGACAGCAAAUGAGGAAUCGGACAGAGAGUUUUCAGAGGAAGCCAAAUCCAGAAGUGACUCAGAAGUCGAACUAGUCGCAUCCAUUGCCGAAGAAGAGGAAAACAAUAAGGAAGUUGAAGUAUCUGAGGCCAUUAUCAGUGAUGGGGCUGAAGAUGAGGAGGUAACCCAGGAGGACACAUCUGAAAAGCCAACGGUUGAUAAAGCCUGCAGAAGACGCAGACAGACUCCACAUCCCUCAAAGCCUGCACAAGAGCAAAAAUACAAGAUGUUAAAAAAAACAAAGGCAGAUAAGCAGGCUGAGAUGGCAGAAAAACAGAGGGCCAAAGCAGAAAAGAAAAGGUUAGAAAAGGAAGCCAAACAAAAAGCCAAGGAAGAAAAAAAGAACAAAAAGAGGCCACAGAAAGAGGACAAACCCAGAUCUGCAACGGAGGAGAUUCAAUACCUAAAAGGUCUUUCCCUCAACAAGGCUGACACAGCAAAAGGCAAGACCCAGUUAGCAAACAAAAUAAAAAAUAUCAACAGGAAGGAUGGUCCUUUGGAAGCUGACCCAGAAGUGGAAGAGGAGGAAGCUGAAGCAACAUUGUCCAAAGCCAUCAAAAGCCAAAACCGAAUAAUGCUUCUCAAAGCCAAAGGUAAAGACCUCAAAGUCAUUCUGGAGCCUGAAGAGCAGCAGGAUACCGCAGGUGUCCUGAAAGGGCAGCCACAGAGUUUGCUUUUGGGGAAGGUCAAGAUGGCAUCUCUCAGAGACAAAGCAAAUAACAUGUUAACAAAGCCUGGUGGAGAAUCAUCAGCGAGUGAGGCCACUGACGGGUUGUCCCGCAAACCCAAGGAAGGUUUGAUAGCACAAAGAAAAGGUAUGGGAACUCUUCACCGAGUGUCUGGUUGGGUUCAAAAGAAAAUGCCGAGGGGGUUAAACUUCAGAAAAAAGCUUUCUGCUUGGACUAAAGCCAUUGGGGUCUCUCGCUGGCUCUCCCUUCGGGCCAUAAAACAGAAACAAGUCACCAGAAAAUGCAAAGGCAAUGUUCUCAAACACAAGAUGGCCAUGAGAGUCACCAGUAAAACCAGCUUAGCCAGUAGGAAAAACAAGUGCUCCUCUGAAGAUGAAAUGGCUAAAGAGAAAGGUGGCCUCCAGGGAAAGGCAGGGGAGGAAGGGGAAGAAGCAGCCCUAAUUGGGGAGAAAGAGGUAGAGGCCAAAUAUGCUGUGGUACUCCCCAGGAUGAACAAAGUGGGGAAGGCAAAGACACUCGUGGCACGCCCGGCACCUCCUGGACCUUCCAUUCCAUCAAGUACCACUGAAUCACCAGGAGAGCCAACUACCUCAGAACCCAAACCCCCAAAACCAGGUGCCAGGCUUGUACUCCCUGUCAAACCAGAUCUCAGCCUCCUGAAGUCCAUCAAGAAGCCCUUUCCAGGAGUGUUAACAUCAGGUGGGGAUGUUGCAGAGAAGGUCCCUGGGUCCAGUGGUAUACCGAAAAGAUCAUCCAACCCUGAGGACAGAGGCGGGACAGCUGUCCUUGACAAUCAAAAUGGAGUCAGUGCGCUCCAGGCUUCAAGCGGGAAACAGAACCCUUCCCAGCUCAACUUGACCAAGAUGCCCUUGUCAGCUGGAACAGUAGGUGGUGGACCAACUCAGGCCAAAGGACCAGAGCCAGAGAGAAAGAAUGCAGCUGGGAUACCCAGGUCAACCUCUCAGCCCUUUACAAAUGGGGAGGCAAAUGCAGGGAUGUCAGGUGUUUGCUCCUUGUAUGAAGAAGAGGCAGACAGGGAAGUAGCCCAGCUGAUGGGUGUUGGCGGUAUAUAUACUAUCACCCAACCAGAGGUGCACUGGGCUGGGAAUCCACGGAUGAGUGGAGACCCUCAGGACUGGCUGCGUGCUGAUAACCUGUUGCCCCACCAGACAGUGGAGAAGCUAAGCAAAUGGACAGUCUGUGACGAUGGGGGCCAGGUCAGGACAAUUUCUGCCCACAAUGGCAGGGGUCCCUGGGAAUCAGAGGACCCCACCGAGGAGAUGUUGGAGAGUCGACUAGUCAGCACACAGGUGGUGAUGUCAGGCAGCGAAAGAGCUGUAGAGGUGGAUGAGUUGGAUGAUCUGUCCCAGCUGGAAGAGGUGUGUGUGAGCUCUGUACUUCUGAAUCUGAAGAAGAGGUUCCACCGCGACUGUAUUUAUACUUACAUUGGAAACAUGCUACUGUCCAUUAACCCCUUCAAGCCCGUUAACAUCUACACAGAUGAGCUGAGACAGAAAUACCAGGGCAAAGAGCUACAGAGAAACCCACCCCAUGUGUAUGCCAUAGCUGACAGCGCCUUCAACCAGUCUCAGGCCUCCACACAGGAGCAGUGCAUCAUCAUAAGUGGCCAGAGUGGUUCAGGGAAGACUGAAGCUACGAAGCUGAUAGUUCACUACCUCAGCUCCAUGUAUCAGGGCAGAAACAAAAAUCUGCGACAGCCCAUGGAGGUCUUUCCCAUCCUGGAGAGUUUUGGGAAUGCCAAGACCAUCCUCAACAACAACUCCAGCCGCUUUGGCAAGUACCUCCACAUCCACAUUCUCCAUGGGGUUGUUGUAGGGACCUCAUUGUCCAGAUAUCUCCUUGAGAAGUCCAGGGUUGUAUUUCAGGCCAAUGAGGAGAGGAACUACCAUGUAUUUUAUGAGCUGCUGGCAGGUAUGAACGACUGGGACAAACAGGAACUCUACCUGCAGGGAGCUGAGACCUAUUACUACCUAAACCAAGGUGGUGCCUGUGAGUUAACUGGGAAGCAGGACAAACAGGACUUCCAACUUUUGGUUCAGUGCUUUGAGACCAUUGGCCUCCAGGCUGACCAGGUCUCCACCGUCUGGGCCAUCCUGUCCUCCAUUCUGCAGCUCGGCAACAUCUGCUUCAGUUCAUAUGAGAGUGAGUCCUUUGAAGUGUCCCGUAUCUUCAGUGAGGCUGAGGCCAAGAGGGUUGGCUCCUUGUUGCAGAUUUCCUCUGAGGCUCUGCAGACCGUCAUCACUCACAGAGUCACAGAGACAACCUACGACAGGAUCUACUGCCCUUUGUCUGUGGAAAGUGCCAUAGAAUCCAGAGAUGCCAUUGCCAAAGCCUUGUAUUCAGUGUUGUUUGACUGGUUGUUGGAGCAGAUCAAUGACUGGCUGAGCCCCACAGAGAUGGACAGCACAGUGGGGAUAGUGGACAUCUAUGGGUUUGAGGACCUGGGAGUGAACAGCUUUGAGCAGCUGUGUAUCAACUUUGCCAAUGAGCAGCUGCAGCACUUUGUCAACAAGGCCGUGAUCUCUCAGGAGCAGGAGGAGUACAGUGCAGAACAGAUCCAGUGGCACGCGAUGCCACUCAAGAACUUCCACUCUUGUCUGGAGCUGAUUUCCUCUAGGCCACACGGCAUUCUCCGCAUACUGGACGACCAGACCUGCCUCCCCCAGGCCACUGACCACACCUUCCUCCAGAAGUGCCACUACCACCAUGGGAACAGCCCCUACUAUGCCAAGCCCAAGAACCCACUUCCAGUCUUCACUAUUUAUCACUAUGCUGGAGCUGUCACCUAUCAGGUCCAUAAUUUCCUGAAUAAGAACCACGACCAGUUUAGGACAGAAGUGGUGGAGCUUUUUGCUAGGAGUCGAUUAAAGAUGGUUUCGGAGCUGUUCCAGAAGGUUAGGGACGGUUAUAUUCAGCAGAGAGAGCUGGGCUGGAGAGGGAAGGGCCCCCGCCAGCAGCCCUCCACUGCUGCCUCACACUUCCUCCAGUCCUUGACUGAACUCACCACCCGCCUGGAGAGAUGCAAAACCACAUUUAUCCAUUGUCUGAAGCCAAACUAUGUCAAGCUUCCUGGGAUCUUUGAUAUUGACUAUGUGUCAGCCCAGCUGAGGCAUGCUGGGAUGCUGGAGACCAUUCACAUCAGGAAAGAGGGUUUUCCCAUACGGAUUCAAUAUUCCUACUUCAUUGAGAGGUACGGGUUUCUGCUGACCCAGCGGUUGAGUGAGGUGUCAGACAGAGAGCAGACAGUGGCUCUGCUCGAAGUGGUUGGUGCAGAGGAGGAACACUACCAGCUGGGCAUCACCAAGGUGUUCCUCAAGGAGCUUCUGUACCAGCAGCUGGAGGAGAAUUGGAGCAAUACUCAGAACUGGGCUGCCAUCACCAUCCAGAGGAACAUCAGGGGCUUCCUCUGCAGGAAGAACUUCAAGUUCUUCAAACAGAAAGCCAUCAUCAUCCAGAGCCACAUCCGAGGACACCAGGCCAGGAAGUACUACAAGCGUCUGAGGCAGUCCUUCACCCAGUUCUGGGCGAUCAUGCUGGUAACCAGAGACACCAUCAAGAGACGCGAUUGGAGGAAGGAAUUUCACGAGAGGGACAAAGUAAAAACCGUGACAAAGACCAAGUCUAUCUCUCCUGGAAUGGAUGUGGGGAUGUUGGAGAUACCUGCUGAGCUGUCUGCCAGACUCCGCAGUGCAGCAGGGCGGCAGCAUUCUUCGGGGGUCACAGAGGCUGCACCUCCACAGGUGAAGGCAGAACACAAGCUCACCCUGCCUCCGGAUAUAGACAGAUACCCAUUCUCUCGCUACACCAAGUCCAUAUUAAAGGAUACAUGGUGCCAGCCUCAGGGAUAUCCCCUCCAGAGACCCCUCACCUCUUUGGAGCCUGAAGAUGCCAGAACAGCCCUGGAAAUUUACAAACUGAUUUUGCGGUUUACGGGUGAGUCAGACCUCAGCAGCUGGCAGGAGCAGAUGUUGGGUAACUACAUAGUGGAGAAGGGGCAGAGCUGGCCAGCUUUGAGAGAUGAGAUCCUUGCCCAGCUAGCUUACCAUACGUGGGGCCUGCAGGAGGAGAGGGAGAGCCUGAGGGGCUGGCUGCUGCUGGCUUGCUGCCUCAGUUCCUUCACCCCCUCACCAACACUAGACAAACCCCUGCUCAAGUAUGUGUCAGACCACGGUCCAGGGGAGUACCGCUCACUGUGCCAACACAAAUUGCUGACAUCUCUGCAACUCCCAGCUUCUGCUGCCCGCAUCUACCCACCCACCCAGCUGGAGUGGACUUCCAGCCAGAGGACGGGCACCAUGCUGCUGGACGUACACACCUUCAAUGAUGAGAAGCUAACAACUGAAGUGGAGUCAUGGACCACUGGAGAACAGCUGGCCUCAUGGCUUCUCCAUUUCAGAGGUGUGUCGGAGGCGGUGCAGGGCUGGUCAGUGUCCCUGCUGAAUGAUGAAGGCUGGUCAGAUCUCGCUGGUUCAGACUUUGUCAUGGAUCUGCUGGCUGGAGCAGAAGUUGAAAUGCUGCCGCCAGCAGGAACGCCCUCGUCUUCCAACUCUGACUACCUUUUCAGCAGUCACGGAGACAGGAUGCCGGCUACAGAUAUGGACGACCUCAUCCCACCAGCACCUCUAGUGGAAGCUCCUGGGCUGCCUCCUUUUGAGGGAAGCCCCUGGGGAUUAGAUUAUCCACAGGAAGGGCGUGGUCGACAGAUGGAUGCCUACGUUGAUGACUUGUUUGAUCCUGUACUUGACCAAGGACCUCCAGACAUGGAAAGAGUGGCCAUGCUAAACCGCAGGAUGAGAGGAGGAGGAGGGAUCGGACCCAUGCAGCCUGGCAUUUAUGGAGCUGGUAUGCCUAUGACAAUGCCUAGCUAUCCUAUGGGAUUGCCAGUUAACCCUUCAGUGCCCGUAUAUGGUGCAAAUCCCAUGAUGCCAAAUAUGACAGCCAUGCCAACCAUGCCAGCCAUGAUGAUGACUCAGGCUCCCAUGCCUGCUCCUCCUGACCCAAUGCAGACGGCAGCGACACAGCAGGCCCUCAUCAACCAGCAGGCAUUGCUCAUGGCCCAGCAGAUGACCCUGCAGGCAAUGAGUCUGUCCCAGCAGCAGAUACAGGAGCAGCAGAAGAAGCAGGAGCAGCAGCUGAAGAGGGAGGCGCAGAGACAGAAGGAGCAGGACAGACAGCAGGAGGAGGAGAGCCAGCAGAGACGUCGGUCUGGUCGGAGCUCCAGGGAACGCCCUCGCUCACCCUCCCCUCGAUCUCCCUCACCUGCGCCUGCCCAGCCCAAAACACGCGCAACUAAACGCACCUCCACCUACAGGCAGCCUCAGCCAGAGCCAGAGAGAAAAGUGGAAUUACCAGAACUGGAUGACCUGCAGUCUUUCAAAGACAAGAGGGAAUACUUCCAAAAUAUUGGCACUCAGCCCCAAGGUGAAUCCAAAACCCCAAAGCCUUUGCCGGCCCACUCCAAUCCACCCAGACAGCAGCAACACUCCCCGCCAUCACAUCGUCCAUCACCCCCACCGACAGCACCUAAGCCAGAUGUGAAGAGACCCCGUGUCCCUCCUGCCGGGGAAGCAGACGCCCCGAAAUCUGCACCUACCUCGCCUCGGCAGGAACCCACCUCCAACAUCCGAGAAAUCAUCAAACAGUACAACAACCGGCCCCACCCAGAGCCAACACCCUUUCAGUCUGUCAGACCUCCUGUAAGGCAGUUUAUAAAGAAGUGUGACCCCAAAGAGGAAGCUCUGGCCAAACUCCAAAACAAAGCACCAGCGCCAAAACAGAAGAAGAAGUGGGUACCUCCUCCACCCCCUGUCAAGCUUGAGAGGGAGCAGCCUCCUCUCAGGACAUCGCCGUCACCUCCCUCCUCCACAGGUCCCCGCGUCAUCUCCAGCAACAUGAGGCAGAAGCAGCGCUCCCUUGAAGACCUGUUUGGUUUCCCCGGCCUUCCGCCUGCUCCCCCUGACUCCCCACCACCUCCUCCACACCAAGCGUCCAUCCUGCGGGACAUCCCCGACCCACCAUCCAUGGCUGCCCCGUCUCUCAAUAUGAUAUCAGACAUGGACAGCAUUCAGUCCCAGCUCCAGCGCUUUUCUCCUGGUGUCUACUUCACUUACUCCAACAUGCCAGGAAAACUGUUCAUGCGAAAAGAAGUGUUUUACCCGAAAGAGAUGUUCAACCAGCCCUAUAUCCUCAAUCUGUUAUGUGAACAGAUCAUGAGGGACACAUACUCCUACAGCUGUGUGAGGAUCAGCAGAGAGGAGCGGAGGAGGAUGAAGGAUCUGCUAGCAAAUUUCAGUGUGGGAACGACUAUAAGCACCAUCCCGGAUGACAACAUGAAGAAGAGGAUUGUCAUUGCUGCUCGAGACAACUGGGAAAACUACUUUAGUCGACUGUUCCCUGUGAAGUUGGACAGUGGGGAUGCUCAGGUUUUGGGUGUGUCUCAUCGUGGGAUUCAUCUCUUGAAGGUGGUCAGAGCAUCAGGCAUCAACCCCAAAAACCUCCGUAUGCUUAGUAGCUACAGUUUUGCAGAUCUGCUGUCAGUUGACCUCCACGGUACAGACAGAGUGGAACUGGAGCUGAAGAGUGAAAAUUUGGCGCUGCAGUCCACCAGAGCUCCUCAGAUCACUGCCAUGAUCCGAUUAUUCCUUCAGGAGCUCAUCAAGGACUCGGGCCAUGUCGUUGCUCUGAAGAGUUUUGUGACAGAUGAGAAGAGUCUGCUCAGUUUCAGCAAGGGUGACAUCAUCAAACUGCUGCCAAUGGAAGGACUACAGACAGGCUGGCUUUUCGGCACCAAGGGAGGGCGCUCUGGUCUUUUCCCAGAGGACAUCACUCAGCCAUCUGCUGCCCCAGACUACCACUGUCUCCAACUUGAUCGAAGAGAUGAUAGGAGGAAAAGCAUGAGAGGCACUAGCCUUGUCAGUCCACCCAAGGGCCUGUCUCCAGCUCCAACCACCACACCCAUGGAAAGUGCUGAUUCAAAGUGGCCCAGGAGAGAGGCCUUGCUCCAGGGGUUGGUACAGAGUUCGGUCCAGAGCUCAGUCCAUGAGUUGGAGAUCCUCUCGGCCAUGGCUAAAUUUGCCAUUAAGUACUUUAGAGUGGGGACUACAGCUCUGUCAGACAGUGGAAGAACUUCUUCAAAUAUGGUUCAUCACACACAGGUCCCCAUUCAGGAGUCUCUCAUUCACUACAAUGAUCCUGAAAUCAAUGAAUUAUCUGUCCAGUGCUUCAUGAACUUGAUGCAGUUCAUGGGUGACAUGCCAAUGAAGAAGAAGAACACCCAGUUAGAUUGCCUGAGCCAUAUCUUAUUACUAGGGAAGGAAAAAGAGCUGCUGAGAGAUGAAAUCUACUGCCAGGUCAUCAAGCAAACCACCAAAAACCCAACCAAAUCCAGCUGUACCCUCGGUUGGAGACUGCUCAGCCUGAUGACCGGGUUCUUCCCCUACUCUGGAACUCUGCAGCCGUAUGUCACGCAUCACCUUCACGACAUCUCUCAGGACCUCGAACACCCAUACCAAGAGCUGGCAUGCGUGUGUCAGGAUAACUUUCAGCGAUCUCUCAGUUUUGGUAGUCGCCGUAACAUCCCCUCAGUUGUCGAGAUGGAAGCAAUACUGGCUGGCAAAACCUUUCGACGUAUUCCUAUCCAGCUGCCGGGAGGAGUAGAUUUCCCCAUCAAGAUACACAGCUUCAGUAUGGCAACAGAUGUGGUAACAGAUUUCUGUAAAGAAAUGGGUAUCUCAAAUCUCACAGAAAUCAAAGAGUUCUGCAUCCUCGCCAAUAGACUUAAAGGUGGGAUGGUGCGUCCCCUCCAUGCUAAGGAGUAUCUGUUUGACUUCCUGCUGGAUGACGACUCCAUCUUCUUGUCUCUGAGGAGAGUGAUGUGGAGAAGCCCUCUGUCCUUCAAGAGUGACCUCUAUGUGGAGUUCCACUACCAGCAGCUCCAGGGUGACUACUGGAGUGGGCGGCUGAUCCUUCCUCCUGCUGCAGGGGGUUACUCAUCAGUCCAGCACAUAGCAGUGCUGUUAGCCCUUCAGCAUCUGGCUCAGGGGCUAGGGCACCAACCCUCUCUGCCAGAGAUAAAGGAGCACCUGCCCUCACAGGACACGCUCAGCAGUAAAGCUGAGGAGAUCCAUUCAUUCUGUCUGGGUCAGAUAGCUACCCUGCAGUCCCUCAGCCCUCAAGAUGCCAAAAUACGGUUCAUAGAGUUCAUGAGCACUCUGCCUUUGUUUGGCUCCAUCACUUUCUUGGCCCAGAAGGUCAGCCAGCGUGACUGUCCCUCCCCCUGUGUGGUCAGCAUCAGCCAGGAGGGGGUGCUGUUUUUUGACCCUAAGAAACAGGAGAAAGUGUUUCUGAUUCCUCUGGCAGAUGUGCAGUCUAUGCGCACCAUCCGCCCAAAGAAACGAGGCAAAAUGCCAGCAGUCAGCAUCAAUUAUGGCAGUCCAGCUCGUCCCAUAAAAGUCACCAUUCAUCUCAAACAGGUCAAGGAGUUGUGUCACAUCCUUGCUAUGUUAAUUGAAGAGUUGAUUGGGCCACCAGUUAACAGCUCGGUUUCAAGUCAUCAGUAGACACACACGGACACAUAAACAGAGAGACAAACACACACACACACACACACACACACAGACACACACAUGAACACACGCAAGUGUGGGAGUUUUUGUCAAUCACUGUCUUCUGUAACUGACUUUUGUAUUUACCGUUUUUGUUAAUCCAUCUUUUUUGGACUGUAACUCCUUGAAUUCUGUCAUUGAUGAAAUGGACUGAAAGAAACAUGAAGCUGCACACGUGAUGCUGAUAUUCUCUUCAGUGCUCUGUUACUUGAGAGGAAAUGAUGCAGAGCUGACCCAUGUAAUACUCUGAUUGUAGAACAUGAAUGAAAUCAAGAGGCUUUGGGGUAAUUCAUCAGGUACUGUACGAAUAUCAAUGCCUUAAAUUUGUUCCUUUUGUUCUCUGAAAUUCCAUAACACCAAUGUAGAAAUGUAAAGUU